ACUAAGUUAAAGUUAUAUUCUUAGUAGUUGAACUUUGGUUAAGUCUUUGUUCUCCAGUUAUGGCUAGUUUCACUUACAUGUACAUAAAAAGCUGCUGCCCCAGAAUCUUGCAUCUCUACUUUUAGUGGCAUAGUCUUCUGUGAAAGCCCUUUUCUGUGAAUCCUUAUGAUGUGUAUUAAUUGCCCCCUCCCCUCAGGCUACAUGAGACACCACUGGCUGUGGGCAAUGCGUGUGGGGAGUGUGGAGACCAUGGGACUACACACACCAGCCGGAGGUCUUCAUACCGUCUCCCUCGGAGCAAAGAUGUCCGUCUCUGGUGACAACUUUUGCCUCGUCUGUUUCCACGGCCCUUCCUUCAGAGAGACGGAAUGGGCAGUAUUCAAUAUUGACACCAUUAGUGCCAGCUUCUCCACACAGGCUAUCCCCGGACUGAGUAAAGGACAGCUGGCAGAACUGACUGAGUCAGGGUCAGGUGUUCUACCCACCAAACAAGUGAGAACAUGUCAGCAAAUUGUCCACCUCUCGCUAGGCCACAGCCCCUGGGACGAGACCGAGAAACUGGACAAAUUGGCGGCCAUAUAUCGAGUAUCAGCUGGUCACAUGCGCCUGCCCUCCAUUGUGGGUACUUCAACACAAAAUUGGCUCAACUACGCCUGCAUUGACGCCCAGCUACACCCUGACAGCUAUAGCAGGGAUACCUCAACUUUGAUUCGACUUAGCAAGAAACUCAACGUUCAAUCCAUACUGCUUGUGCCUGCCUUUGGGAUGGAGUUAGUGACUGACCAUUUCUGGCCACAAAGAACUCGUCUGUCAGGCAAGGAGCCACAAUUCUCACCACUUGUCGAGUGUAGUCUCACAUCAAAAUUUGCGAGGGGUGUGUCCGUUGCCACGAAUGUAGAUCAUUAUCUGUUCCUACACGACCUAGUGAAGACGUACCUUGAGUAUCUGGAGAAACACAAAACACCUCAAACCCUGGACACGGAUCCCGAAUCCACAGACACCGCCCCCACAUCACCUCCGAAGUCGACACCAGUGCUCCGCAACUUUGAGUGUGUGUGCUGGGAGUUGGACCCUCACCUCUGUCUCCUAUCCAGUGCUGGUACGGGACAAUUCAACCCUCACAUCAGUUGGUUACUAGAGAGGUUGGGAUUCAAGCACGCACAAACCACCAUCCCCAAGUGGAUACAGCGAGUUGCCAUGGACCCUCUAGACAUGGUGGUUGCUAACGCUAUGGAACUGUUAAUUAAAAUCACUGCUACUAAGAAACUUCAGCAAAUAUCCAGAGCCUCAUCUCCACCAUCCCAUUAGCUGAACCAAUUUCAAUUCGUUAA